CCGUCCCUCUCGCUCUUUCCUCCCACCCCUGCCUUCAGGGAGCAGCCCGAAGAGGAGGCUGCGGAGGAGGAGGAGGAGGAAGCCGCCGAGGAGCCGGAGCCGGUGGCAGAGCGAGAAGAGGAGCGGCCCAAACCAAGGCCUGUGGUCCCUCCUCUGAUUCCCCCGAAGAUCCCAGAAGGGGAACGUGUGGACUUCGAUGACAUCCACCGGAAGCGCAUGGAGAAGGAUCUGCUGGAGCUGCAGACGCUCAUUGACGUGCAUUUUGAGCAGCGGAAGAAGGAGGAAGAGGAGCUCAUAGCGCUGAAGGAGCGCAUUGAGCGGCGCCGGGCGGAGAGAGCUGAACAACAGCGCUUCAGAACCGAGAAGGAGCGCGAGCGUCAGGCUAAGCUGGCGGAGGAGAAAAUGCGGAAGGAGGAAGAAGAAGCCAAGAAGCGGGCUGAGGAUGAUGCCAAAAAGAAGAAGGUUCUAUCCAACAUGGGAGCCCAUUUUGGGGGUUACCUGGUCAAGGCAGAACAAAAGCGUGGUAAGCGCCAGACAGGCCGGGAGAUGAAACUACGCAUCCUGUCUGAGCGUAAAAAGCCUCUGAACAUCGACCACAUGGGAGAAGACCAACUCCGGGAGAAGGCCCAGGAGCUGUCGGACUGGAUCCACCAGCUGGAGUCCGAGAAGUUUGACCUUAUGGCGAAGCUGAAGCAGCAGAAGUAUGAGAUCAAUGUGCUGUACAACCGCAUCAGCCACGCCCAGAAGUUCCGGAAGGGGGCAGGGAAGGGCCGCGUUGGAGGCCGCUGGAAGUGAGGCCCUGGGGCUGGAGCCAGAGCCCUGGGAGGACCUGUCCCGUCUCUGCGGUGUGAAAUAAAUGCUCCGCUUACAGACAC